AUGAACGAAUGUCGAGUGUGUCGAUCGACGAAACACACCGGUGUCUACUAUGGGGCUUUUGUUUGCAGUGGUUGUAAAGUAUUCUUCAUGAGAACGGUUGUCUCAGGAAUGGGUUUCGUUUGUCAUGUUGGCGGCAUUUGCAGCACACCGGCAGAAAUCAUCAAGUGUCGAGCGUGUCGUUUCGGGAAAUGCAUUCAAAUGGGAAUGAGAUCGGACUUGGUUGGAAUUCGCUCAAAUCGACGCUAUGACGAUCCCUCAUCGCCCGAGCAUUUCGCUGCACCAUCCACCUCGGCUGGGCUCAAGCAUUUCGAGCAAAAAGCCUCUCCCCUCUCCAUGCCAAAUGAAAGCCACUCACAGUUCCCCUCGGUGGUGCCGUAUUUUGAGAAAAAUUACCACAUCUUCAGACCGUCAGCGUUGGGUCGAGGCGGUUCACCGAUCGGAAUCUCAUUCACCGAGGCGCUUAAAGAGACGCCCAACGAACCGCUGAGGGUCGCCGAGAAGUUGAUGGCGCUGGAAACCUUCUGCAACUACGAUCUUGGAAUUGGUGACUAUAGGGAAGAGGAUGGGCUUUGUUGUACAGUAACCCUGCCAGACGCACUCGAAAAUCCGCUAAUCAUCAUGGCGAGAAGACCGGCCUUUCAUCGCACAACGCGAACGCCAAAAGAUAUCAGCGAUUAUUCAAAAAUCUUUCACCGAAGUGUUGUCUAUUAUAUUGAUUGGGUGGCCGCAUCACCGGAAAUUCAACAACUUUCACAGAAAGAUAUGCUGAAUUUCGUUGCACCACGAAUGUCGAUCAUGCAUUUCAGCACAAUCGCCUAUAAUACGUAUAAAUAUGGAGUGAAUGGGUAUUUAAUGCCCGACGGAUAUGUUUAUCAAGCGGGUGAUUGUUGGGAUCCGUAUGUUGAGGGAAUGAUCAACCUAGUGGGCACCUCAAUUCGCCCAGCAAUGGAACGAUUGAAAUUGACGGGGCAAGAGUUUUGCAUCCUCAAACAAAUCAUCAUGUACAGUGGAUGUGUUAAUCUCACAUUAAGCGAUGAAGGGAAAGAAGUUAUCUAUGCGGCGAGGAAGAAGUAUGAACAGCUACUCGUUUUCUACGUGGAAGACGUUUAUUCUGAUUUGACGUCAAGAGAACGAAUGCUUCGAGUUUUACACUUACUCGAGUUGAAAAAUAAACUUUUGGCUGGUGGCCUCGUCGAGUACGAGCACAGUAAAGCGUGGAUAUCGAGAAAUGUUUUGGAGAAGAAAUGCCCAACGCCGUGUAUCGCUUACGAUCUUCAUUGUGCACAAUUU